UUUUACUCGUGAGGAACCGCACUCGAGAUUCGUGCUGAAGAAGGUUUCCUCUAAGAUGACGUCGUACGAGGAUGAUGAAAACUUUGGAAGUUACAGCGUGGUUGGUUCAUUUCCCAAAGAUUUCGGCUAUGGUCCAGAAGACCAGGAUGAACUCUCAAGCAGUGACAACAAACCCAGGAUUCUAUUGCUGGGCCUUAGAAGGAGUGGCAAAUCUUCCAUCCAGAAAGUUGUUUUCCACAAGAUGUCUCCAAAUGAAACACUUUUCUUGGAGAGCACCAAUAAAAUAGUGAAAGAUGACAUAUCAAAUAGCUCCUUUGUGCAGUUCCAGAUUUGGGACUUUCCAGGCCAGAUUGAUUUUUUUGACCCAGCAUUUGAUUCAGAAGUGUUGUUUGGCCAUUGUGGAGCUCUUGUUUUUGUUAUAGAUGCACAGGAUGAUUAUAUGGAUGCCCUUGGAAAGCUCCAUAUGACUGUAACAAGAGCAUACAAGGUCAAUCCAAACAUAAAGUUUGAAGUAUUUAUUCACAAAGUAGAUGGAUUGUCUGAUGAUCAUAAAAUUGAAACUCAGCGUGAUAUUCACCAAAGAGCGACAGAUGAGCUUGCAGAUGCAGGUCUGGAAGGCCUUCACUUGAGCUUUUACUUGACGAGUAUAUACGAUCACUCAAUAUUUGAGGCUUUUAGCAAAGUAGUGCAAAAACUCGUCCCUCAACUUCCAACGCUGGAGAACUUAUUGAAUAUUCUUAUAACAAAUUCAGGCAUCGAGAAAGCCUUUCUGUUUGAUGUUGUCAGCAAGAUUUAUGUGGCCACGGACAGUUCACCGGUGGACAUGCAGUCCUACGAGCUUUGUUGUGACAUGAUCGACGUUGUUAUUGAUAUUUCAUGCAUUUACGGGUUAAGAGAGGAGGGAGAUAGCAGUGCAUAUGACAUGGAGUCUUCGUCGAUCAUCAAACUCAACAACUCGACUAUUCUGUACCUUCGAGAGGUGAACAAAUUCCUUGCCCUUGUCUGCAUUCUAAGAGAAGACAACUUCGAGAAAAAAGGUCUGAUAGACUACAACUUCUACUGCUUCCGUCAAGCCAUCAGUGAGGUGUUUGAAGUCAAACGCCAGAUGAGGUCUGUGUCAGAUACUGGCUCCCAGUCCCCUUCAGCCGCGUACUCAAACGGCAGCGCAAUCCCCGCCCUGGAUCAUGAAAGAAAUGACAACGCUGUAGUAGUGUAGCGCAGGCUCAAAUGUGCUGUUUUGCAUUGUAUUCAGUAAGACAAAAGCGUCGCUGUACUUGUGAGGGAGAUUGUCUCUUACUUUAACAGGUCUUUCAUCUCUAGAAUAUGAAACAGCUUUCGCUGUCAGUUUUUGUCAAGUUGACUGAUCGUAGUUCUCAAAAUGCUAAUAAUGUGAUCGUUGUAAUCGUGAACCGUGUCGAGUCUUGCGUGGUACUGUAUACCGUAGACUUGACGCUGUUAUAAUUGUCUCGUUUUGUUUUCGUUCUUGUUUGUCAGGGUUGUUGUAUAGUUGUAUGUUUGAGGCAGUUUGAAAAGCCAAACAAAACAAAAACAUAGGCAACGGGAGAAAAAAAAGUAAAUAUAAAAUAUGUUUUACCAAAGCCGGGCUUAUUUCAACCUUGCUUUCCGAUAAUUUUUCACUCCCAAAAUUUCCAAGGUCUCUCCUCCGCAAGUUAAUAAAACCAACGUUACGUGACGGACUUAGCACGAGCCAAGAGUGUAGCGUGACAAGUUUAGAACCGACGAUGAGCGGACCGCCUGUUUUGGCAAGGAGUUAAUAUGAAGUAGGAAGCUGUCAGGUGAUUUAGUUCGUGAACCGGGCAGGUCUCUCAAUUAAUGAGAAUUGUGAACUAAUUGUAAAUAAGUAAUUAAGAGGACCAUGUGUUUCUGAAAAGGAGAAGUUUGAUUGGCA